AUGCGAGUAUUUCCGUCGAACACCCGACGUGCGUGUGACUCGGGGACGCUCCUCUGCUUGUGUGCUGGUGCAGCGGGCGGGGUCGACAGGCGGCCUACCGUGUGCGUCACGUCGGGCGGGACGACGGUGCCGCUGGAGCAGCGGUGCGUCCGGUACAUCGACAACUUCAGCUCCGGCCACCGCGGCGCCGCCUCCACCGAGUAA